UGUUUUCCCAGCUUAUGCACAGCUACCAGCUAAAAGCUACAAACAUGUUUUAAUAACCGCAGAAAAGCUGGGUUUUUUUUGUUGUUUUUGAAAUGUUGGAGCAUGUUAUAGCAAACGCUUAAGAGCCACAGUGAAGUUCUGCCAGUGCCGUAUAAGGACAAUUAACAUUUAACGUCUUUUUUUCUCUGCUUACUCUCUUGCCUAUUGACACCUCUCCGAGUGGAGCACCAUGGGGAAGAGGUAUUACUGUGAUUACUGUGACCGGUCCUUUCAGGACAACAUGCACAACAGGAAGAAACAUCUAAAUGGCGUUCAGCAUCACAGAGCGAAGAAAGCCUGGUUUGACCAAUUCAGAGAUUCUGCUGCUGUUCUCCACGAUGAGCAAAUAAAGAAACCUUGCAGGAAGUUUCUCCAAAAAGGAAUAUGUGAUUUUGGCCCAAACUGCAGAUUUUCUCACAUGUCUGAAGAGGAUCUGUUCAACUUAAAAAGACACAUGGAAGAGGAAAGACAACACAAAGAGGACUUUGAGGACAGAAUCAUCUCUGGGCGAAGUAUAGAGGAAUGGCUCUUGAAAAGGGAAAAGAAGCAAGCGGCUCUUGGUAGCAAAGGAGACUCAAAAACCAAGGAGGACAAUGAGGAGGAUGAAGCAGAAAGCGAUAUUCCUCAACAACUCUUCUCCAUUCCUGACCUCCCACCCUCACUGUUGCCUCCUCCUCCAGGUGGAUGGAGAGUCAGCGCAAGCAGCGAGUGGGGCUGAAGAGCAUUCAUUCCACGGUUCAAAUCCCAAUAACUAGGUAUAUGAUGUCUUUAGAGGGACAUUUAUUUCAAAGAGAUUGUUUCACAUUUUUGUUUGAGGAUAUGCUCAUGUUUUCAGCUGCUAUAAAACUCCUAAAUGUCUAACUUCAGAUUGAAGGAAAAGGUUUGAGCAAGAAUCCAGCAGACAUAUUUGGAAUCCCCUGAAAUAUAUCUAUUUACUAUCAUUUACAUUGCUGUAGCUAAAGCAUAAAAUAUAAGGAACUUUGAGUUAUUAUGAAGACUAAUAAAAGAAGAAAAAAUUACAAAAUAUGUAUUGUUUUAUUUGUAUUUAUUAGAUUAUACAGGUGCUAUUGAAAGGAACUGACUUCCUUCCACAGCUGAGAAACAGUCAUGUUAGGUUAACAGGUGACCUCAGAAAGAUGGUUUAUCAUGUUUUUACAGAAAGAAUUGACAAUCAAUCUGUUGCUCAUGUACUUUAACUUUUCAGUGGUAUUGAGCUUUCUAAACUUGCAUAUUUCUAACUUUUUGUUAGCUGAAUUUAUAAAGUUAAUUUAAAUUGGCUGGUUUUCUGGCACAGCUCCAACUUAAAACCUGAACCAAAAACUCAGGGCUUUGGGAAGAUUAUUCCAGAAGCUUAAUAUAAACAAACUUAAGGUAUUCCAACUCAUGUUUGGAUGAACUUUUGGGAUUGCCUUGUUGGAACAUCUGUCUAUGUCCAAGUUUGGUCAUCUAGCUGUUGAAGUGUUUUGUUUAUUCAUUAUCACAGCUUGAUGCUUCCACCACCAUACUUGGAAAUUGCUGUUAUUGUAGACAAAUAAUUCAGCCGUUUGCAAAUGGUUUCUUCUUCUGGGCAGCUGCAAAUUUCAGUCAAGCAUCCAUCCGUCUGUCUUUCCAACCGUCUGUCCGUCCAUCCAUUUUCUUCCGCUUGUCCGGGGUCGGGUCGCGGAAGUAGCAGCUUCAGAAGGGAGGCCCAGACUUCCCUCAUUUAUUUUGAAGCCAAUGUCUUUUUGUUUUCUUUUUGUGCCUUUUAAUUAAUGAGAGUGUAAAAGUUGUUUCAAUGUGAACAAUGACAUUGAUUAUCAAACUUCAGAAUAGGCUUGAUCCUUUAUGGUCCCUGAGUUUUUCAAGCACAUCUCCACCAAUUUUUUCUUCUAAGAUUGGCAAUUUGGUCCUUCUGGACUUUGUUUUGACACCUCGUGUUUACCUAUGAUUGAUUGUUUGAAUGGAUGAUCUUGAAAUACGCAGUUGUUUUAAAAAAGCUCCAAAAAGCUGUCAGCUAUUUUUCAAUCUACAAUUCUUCCUAUGGUCUAAGCUAGUAACUGCAGUUUUAUGUAUUUUAGGGCUUUGCUGAUGGUUGCACUUGUUAUUUUAUGCAACAGUGAUAGAGUAUUGGCCAAAACGGUUGAAUAUACAAUAUAUUCAGAAUCACAAUGUUUGUCUAAGCCCAGGUCUCAUGCAUUUGCCCAAUUUUCACCAUAUUUUCCCUUCAUAAUUGAAUCAUUUGUCUUUCUGAUUUGACAGCAUGCAAAUGUCCUCAAUAAACCCUGCAUCUCUGCA